UGUAGUUUACCUUUCAGCAGCAGUUUAUCUUGGCGAAAUGGACUCGCAUGGGCCUGGAGAGGAGGACCGGGUUGGGGAGGCCAUGCGGGAUGGGGCCCAGGAGGGUGGGGUCCGGUUCCACCUGGCGGGCCUGGGUUUCCUGGUGGACCUGACCCGGGUUCCUGGGGGCCUGGGUUCGGUGGAUUCUUCGGAUCAUGCUUCUAUCUCCUGUGCUGCUGCUGCCUGCUCCAAGAUUGCUGCGGCCCUCUGUUCGGACAUCCGGGCCCUGGCGGUUCGCCGCCCCCUUUCUGAUAGCCCACGGAGCCGCCGGCCAUAUCCACCACAAGAAACAAUGCACUUGACCACAAUUCCAGGACUAAGUGUCGGCGGGAGAACGCGGUUGGGUUAAGAUAUUUGCAUCUUGGGAGUUCCCCUUGCUACUAUGUAAACUCUACUGAACUCACACUUAUGGUCUUGGUAGUAUCUAUCCUGGAGAUGAUUGAUUCAGUAUUACAGAGUUCACUAGUGUUAUUUCAGUAGCCGUUAGCAACAACAAAGGCUCCCUGUACUUUAGAGUACCUUGAUGAUGCAUUUAUCAGGCUCUCUUCCUUCACAUUCCAUACUAGCAACAGCAAGGCUCUCUCUGCUUUAUACCUAGUUAUUGCAUUUCACAGGCCAGCCGGAAGUGAAACCAAAUUGCAACCUUGUAGUCAUAGCUCACACACUGACACCAGAAGUGUAGUUGCAUGAAAUCAGGCUGAAGUGACUACUGCAUGUGUUGAUGCUAAAAUCGACAUGUCAUUUUGCUC